UCAUGACAGAUGUUGGGAGUGUAGAAAUAUCUAGAGAGGACAUAAUUAACGAAUAUCAUCUAUUAUCAAUGUAGGUAUACGGGAACGAUGAUUUUCAAAGCUUUUUGCGUAUAAUUUGGCAAAUUUUUACGCAAUAUUAAUUAGCAACGCAUGCGCUUUUAGUUACGAAGCUAGCGCGACACUCGGAAGAAAUAUAGCAGAGUACCACCGGGCUGGUUCCCAGGAUCGAUCGGCGCCAAAGGUCCAGGUUGUAGUAUCGUCGACACCUUUUCACCGUCAUCCUGUUGAAAUAGAGCGGAAAUCUGGAGUCUGCAAACAUGGGAAAACAUCUACAAACCGUCGCCGCGAUGGCCUGCAUGAAGACGCUAUUGAUACUCUUCAACAUUGCGUUUGGGUGCACUGGUGUCCUGAUGCUGUGCGUCGGGAUUUGGAUGCGCAUCCAACUAAAAGAAUACGUGGAUAUGAGCGUCGAAGGUACCGGAGCAGCACCCUUGGCCUUGGCGUCCCUUGGAAUCCUCGUUACUUUGGCUUCCGUCCUGGCCUGUUGCUGCACCGCACGUGGUCAUCCGGCGCUGUUGUACCUGUAUGGAGCUUUCUUAGCAGUAGUGGUCCUAUUGGAACUUGGAGCUGGUGCUUCCGUUUACGCGUAUCGCAACGCGUUGACAGAGGGCUUUGAUCAAGGCUUAAACGAAAGUCUUGCGAUUUAUGGGAAAGAUCAUUCCAAAAGUGCAGAUAUCGAUACUAUGCAGUCUAACCUGCAUUGUUGCGGAAACCGCGCUUACACCGACUGGCUUUCCCUUGCUCCACCGCAUACGGUUCCCCAAUCAUGCUGUAUAUUCUCCGAAGAACAAUGCGACACUUCGAACCCAGAAGACAUUUAUAAUCAGGGUUGUUAUAACCGAGUGGUGGACUUCAUAAAUAGCAACAUUGGUUUAGUAGCCGGAAGUGCUGUGGGUGUUGCUUUCUUCCCCUUGGUUGGAGUAUUUCUCGCAUGUUGCCUCGCCAGCAAUAUUAACAAGGCCAAAUACGAGCAAGUUGCUUAAACAAUAUAGCGUGUGCGUCGCGAAGUACUAUACGCAAAAAAAUAAAUAAUUAAAGAUAUGAAAAUAAUAUGGAAAAAAAAGAUGAAAAGGGAAAUCAAUAAACCAGGAUUAUAUUAUUCUUGAUUCCCUGCGGCCACGAUCUGUACGCAAGGUAUACUAGCUAUUUGAACCGACAAAUAAAUUUAUUUUUUUAAUUUCCAACCUUCUGCCCAAAGUUGGGUCUUUAUUUCAGCUUGGAAAAUACCCAAUGUAAGGUCGAAGAACGGCUUAUGAAUAUGGUGCGAUUAAAAAUAGAUACAGAAUUUAAUAUUGUUACUAAAUUAUAUUUAUAACUUCCAAGUGAAUCAAACUCGUUCAAUUAUAUACAUAUUCGCCAAUUAUCGUAUGUACAAUCGUUAAUAUUAUUCUGAUCCGAAUUCGAAUUUUUUGAUUUAUUUAAUUUCUCCACUACAUCUUUACAGAGAUUUACGUGCUAACAUACUUAUACCUAUAUACUAUCUCUGUGUAAUGUAUAUUACUGUAUUAACGCAGUUAGUCAAUUCCAUGGGUAUUCAAGUAUUCAUUGAUUAUAUUUGAGAGAAAUAUUUAAUAUUAUAAUACGUACAUAUUUAUGUAUGUACUUACGUAAGUUAUUAGCGGCCAAGAACGGCUGUUUAGCCCAUGAAGAAUUUUCAAUCCAGUGUCCAGCCAUUCAAGUAAUUCAACUAUGCGUUAUUGUACUCGUACAUCGCGAUUAUCAACUGUGUAAUGGCUGAAUUGGAAUCGACCAGUCACUAUAAAGUACCUUUUUAAAUCUUUGAGUUUUAUCACCGUGUAUCACGCACACGAUAGUGAGCUGCAAAGUCCCUCAUGAAAAGUCUGGGCAGUUUUCAAACGCUGUAAAUAUACCUAUACCUACGGUAAAACGAAGCAAAGCAUAAUUGCAAUAUUGUAUUAUCAUAGAUAUGAUUUAUUAUACGGUAUUACAUUGUGCGAAAUUGAGAUUCAAUCAUUACUUUUCGUCCAGUUUCAGUGAAGUUGCCAAUUUUUUUAAUUUCACCUUCAUGAUGAAUUUUUCUAGACUUUUCUAGAUUGAAAUUGAACAUCAAAUAUCAGAAGGUUUGAUAAUUUGGCCUGGUUUUCUUCUUCAAAUUCAAUUUCUUAUGAUUUGUCCUCUUCCCCCUCCAUAAAUCUACAAAUUUAACGUCACCAGACAAUUCUCGGGGGUCUCAGUGCUAUUGCGAAGUUUGAAAAAUUUCCAAUUAAACUCAUGUGCGUAUCGAUCAGGUAUUGAUAUAUACUAUACAUCAGAUUGGGCAUAUUAAUUUAAAUAAAAAAAUUUAUCUUCUAUAUCUUCUAUAUUUUUUAACUUAUGUACAGGGAGAGUUAUCAGAGGUGUCCUAAUAAACGGAGACUAAACGUCGUCAUGCGAGCGUGACAACAAAUACGAUAGCCGGUCUAUCGUGCUGCUAUUUUCUUCUGUGAAUUUUCUCGCUGCUCAUCGACUAUAAGGGAGAGCCAUGACGUCGAUUAGUCUCCGCCUAUUCAGACACCUCUGGUGACUGACCCUUAUACGGGUAAUAUAUUUUCUCAAGGAUUUUCUCGAAGCUAAGCAUACAAAGGCGAUUCGAGUUUGACGUGCUUCUAUAUACAUAAUUAUGCAUUUUUCUUCCAAUAUUUAUAUAGAGGACAUUCUUAUAAAAAAUGUGUAAGCGUGUUUAUCCGUAGACGUAUCUAACAUUUUAAUCAAAAUGAUAUUCCUAUACAUAUAACGUAUCUAGUAUAUUAGCCAAUUUCAAUCCUUUCGAAAUUUAUGAAUGCGAUUUUCUCUUCAUCGUAUUCGUUUCCAACAUUAAUUAAUCCGAUUUUGAAUAUUUUGUACAUGUGUGUUAACGUAUACACUUAUAUGCACGGAUAUGAUUAAAUCAAACUACAUGAGGUGGAUCGAAUUUUUUUUCGUCAAAUUAAUUAUUCCCUGCCAACUUAUCAUUAAUCAAAAAUUAUUAAACACUCUUAGUUUUCUAAAAUGAGACCUUUUUCUUGAAACUUUUACCCCCAUUUCUUUUUCAAUCACUGAACCCUAGUUUUGCUAACAUAGGCAUUCUCCGGUUAGACGAAAAAAUUCUAUCCACUCUGUUAUAAGAAUAUACCUAUAUACACAUAGUAUACCCAAUAUCAUAUACCUAUCUAACAUACUAAGCAGGCUAUAUGCUCUCCAAUGUCUGUGCGUGUGUUUCUCCUGUGUGUGAUAUGUGAAAUUAUAUAAUUCUGCUCUUAAAAUUCGACAGAAGUUAAGAAACACGAGUAAAAGGGCAGCGAAUAGGAGCGUACAAAAUUACAUACAUGGCUGGUUAUUGUCUGGACCAAGGUUUGCAAAGAAAGGAAAAUCUGUACAGAUGUAACUCAUUGUCAAUAUCACUGAUAAGUUAAUUAGCUCUUAUCACGAAAAAAUAUAAUUAAAAUGAUAAGAUUCUAAUUAACGUUAUAUAUGGCUAACGAGGAGAAACCCAUUAUUGGUAUUUAUUUAUUUAUCCAUUUAUAUACGUAAUAUCUACCUACAUACUUAUCUGUAUAACCCAAUGAUUUAUUUAUCACAAAUAAAAUGCAUGAAUAUCAGGAA